CGCCGGACCCGCUGUACCCGUACACAGCCUCUCCUUUCCGCUUCCGUCCGGGCUCGUGUGGCCGCAGGGCUGGGGCAGCUCAGCCGGGGGUUGUUCGGCAUGUGGCGGCGGCCGGCUUGGCAGGUGCUCCGCCAGUUGGUGAGACAUGAGUCUGGUGAUACAGUUGGCUCAUUGGUGCUGGAACGAUCCAUGAAUCGUGUUCAGUUGCUUGGUCGGGUUGGACAGGACCCUAUCAUGAGGCAAGUGGAUGGAAAAAAUCCUGUCACCAUAUUUUCUCUUGCAACCAAUGAGAUGUGGCGGACUGGGGAAAAUGAGGUAGCACAGACAGGUGAUAUCAGUCAGAAGACAACAUGGCACAGGAUCUCUGUCUUCAGACCAGGCCUAAGGGAUGUCACGUAUCAAUAUGUGAAGAAGGGUUCUCGGCUCUACGUUGAAGGGAAACUAGACUAUGGUGAAUACACAGAUAAAAACAAUGUGAGGCGACAGGCGACAACAAUUAUUGCAGAUAACGUAAUAUUUCUGAGUGAUAAUAUCAAAGAAAAGGUAUGAGCUCAUUAGCGCUUGGACUGAGGCUGUUUCAUUCCUUGUGCUUCACAGUGCUUCAUAAUUCUGUAAUCAUGUAUAUUUCUGUAGUUUCUUUAAAAAAACAAGCAAAUAAAGUGUUUGAUACCCACACAGGGUGAUUGUGUA